CUUUCUGUGGAUCCGAUUACACCUCCGUGGAUCUUUUAAAAGUCGCUGCUCUGGUGUUCUCCAAACACGCCUUCUUCUCCUCUCAGAGGUGCAGCUCGCCUCAGUUUGGAAGACGCUUGUGUAGCUCACUCUCCCAGUCUCUCUGUGUCUGUUCUGAGUUUCCAGCAUGGCUCUGACCGCCUCUCUGCUGAACGCUGCUCUGCUGCGGGGUGCGAGCUCCACUCGGCUCCUCCUGCCGGUCUCUGCGCUUCACGGCUCGGCCAGCAGCCGCUCUCUGGAGGCCGCCACAGCCGCCCCCGCCGCCCAGCCCGGUGUCUCCGAGGAGCUGGCUGAGGGUCGCCGUGUCAAGAGCCUGCGAGAAAUGCCUGGACCCAGCGCCAUCGGCAACCUCGUCGAGUUCUUCUACCGAGACGGUUUCAGCCGCAUCCACGAGAUCCAGCUGGAGCACAGCCAGAAGUAUGGGAAGAUAUUUAAGUCACGCUUUGGGCCUCAGCUGGUGGUGUCAAUUGCAGACCGAGACCUGGUGGCGCAGGUGCUGAGGGCCGAGGGCGUGACCCCUCAGAGAGGAAACAUGGACUCCUGGAAAGAGUACAGAGACCUGAGGGGCCGCUCCACCGGCCUGAUCUCAGCAGAGGGUGAUGAUUGGCUGAGUAUGCGCAGUGUGCUGCGUCAGCUGAUCAUGCGUCCACGCGACGUCGCUGUUUUCUCUGAUGACGUUAACAGCGUGGUGGCCGAUCUUGUGGACAAAGUGCGCAGACUCCGCCGCCAGCAGCCUGAUGGACUCACUGUCCUCAACAUCAACGAUCUGUUCUUCAAAUAUGCCAUGGAAGGUGUGGCAUCUAUCUUGUAUGAGACUCGUCUGGGCUGCUUGGAAGAUGAAAUUCCCAAGAUGAGCCAGGAAUACAUCAAAGCGCUGCAUCUCAUGUUCAGUUCCUUCAAGACCACCAUGUACGCUGGGGCCAUCCCCAAGUGGCUGCGCCCUGUGUUCCCUAAACCUUGGGAGGAGUUCUGCAGCUCCUGGGACGGCCUCUUCAAAUUCAGCCAGAUCCACAUUGACAGGACGUUGGCAGACAUCAAAAGGAAGGUGGAGAAGGGCGAGGAGGUGAAAGGUGGGCUGCUCACUCACUUGCUGGUCACCAAGGAGAUGAAUGUGGAAGAGAUCUAUGCCAACAUGACCGAAAUGCUUCUGGCUGGUGUGGACACGACUUCCUUUACAUUAUCAUGGAGCACGUACCUUCUGGCCAAGCAUCAGACAGUGCAGCAGCAGAUCUAUGAGGAAGUGACAAAUGUGCUGGGUGGGCGGGUCCCAACCGCUGAUGAUGUUCCUCAGCUGCCACUCAUUAGGGGGCUGGUCAAGGAAACCCUCAGACUUUUCCCUGUUCUUCCUGGUAAUGGCCGUGUCACUCAGGACGAUCUCGUUUUGGGAGGUUACUUCAUCCCUAAAGGGACUCAGUUGGCUCUUUGUCAUUACUCCACCUCUAUGGAUGAGGAGAAUUUCCCUCGUGCGGAGGACUUCCGUCCAGACCGCUGGCUCCGUAAAGACACUUCGGAUAGAGUAGACAACUUUGGCUCCAUCCCAUUCGGCUACGGCAUCCGGAGCUGCGUGGGCAGGAGAAUAGCAGAACUUGAGAUGCACUUGGCUCUGACCCAGCUCCUUCAGAAAUUCCACAUCGAUGUGUCUCCCGUCACAGGUGACAUCCGAGCCAAAACCCACGGCCUGCUCUGUCCUGGAGCACCUAUCAACGUCAGAUUUGUCGACCGCAUCUAGACCCCCCCUUUCUGAAUGUAUAUAUGUAUCUAAAUGUGCUGUUUAAAGCUUUGUGAAUGGUAGCAUGUGUCUCUAAUUUUUAUUUUGAAAAGUUCACAAGUCGUCCAGUUUUCAAAUCUAAUUAAAACUCACUUGCACUUAAUUAAAAUCUUAUUUUGUAUGUCUUGACUUUAAAGAUCAGCUGCUGGAUAUGUGAAAGUGUCUGAUCUGAUUGCUGAUUGAACCACUUGUGUGGUUAUGUCAAGUUCAGUGCCUUUUUUCUUUUUUUUGCCUUUAUGGCUUUGUUUCUAUGAGCUUUGCACAGAUCUGAGUGGUGACAAAAUGGUGCCUGGACAAAGUGGUCAUAAGCCAUACAGGCACAUCUUUUUCAUUUUUGUUUAAAGAGCUAGUUUACCUAAAAUAUGCCAAAUUAGCA